UACAACCUAACCCAUAGUUGCAUUAUCCCGAUCCCUGUUUUUUUUUUUCUUUUUUUUUAAUAUGAAUUUCUUAGUGGAUGCAAGUGAAGGUUUUGGUUCGUGAUUUGUGUGUGAAUGGCUAAGCUAAUGUGGAUCGUGGCUUUGCUUUGCCUGCUGGAAGUGGAGGGUGUGAGAGGCGCAUACAACUGCAGCAGAUCGCACAUUCUAGAUACAACUGCCGAUGAUUUUUACAAGAAUUUGAAGGAAGGAUGUAACAAUUUGAGGGUAUAUCUGUACAAGCAGACAGAUCGGAAAAUGAACGUCACCGCCACAAGCGACGAAACGGAACUGAAUGUUUACGUGUGGGGGGGAUGUGAUCCGGAUGGGGACUUUUACAUGUGCAGGGAUUGCAUCGACUCUCAGUGCGAGAAUCUGUUUGAUCUCUGCGGCAAAAGCAGCUGGGGCGAGCUGAAUUUUGUUAUAGAUGAAAAGGUCGUGUGCUUCGUGCAUUACAAUGGGAUUGAUUACAAACAGCCCGAUGAUGCCCCUGCUACUCUCAUCCAACCGUACCGGCAAUCCUUGCUUUUCUUCCUGCUGAGGCACCUAUAUUUGGUCUUGCUAAUUACUUAACUGAGCAUUAGAUGAUAAUCAAGGAAAAUACGUGGACAGAUUGAGUAAUACCUUUUAGACAUCACGAGAUGUGUUGCAAUUCUUUACAACUUGAUGACAGAUUCAUAGGCAUAGUUUAGCAUUAGCUUCAGGUUUGAAACUUACUCCUCUUCGAUUCGCACAGAUGAGCAAAUUUUGUUAUCGAGAUGACAAAAUUGUUCUUCGGCAGAUGAGCUCCGUUCGUGUCCCCAGAAGAAAACUAACCUCCUCCACGGGGAGUAUUGACCAUUCCCUACUGCUGUCAAUGUAGCAUUAUGUCAUGUAGAGAAUUGCAUCACCCACUGAACCAUUACUUUCGUAGGUGAAGAACCACCUUCUCAUCAAAUUUAGAAUUAGCCGAGUGAUUUGUGUCAUCAGAGAAACGUCAGGAGCAAUAUCACUCAGCUCGACUUCAACCGACAGGUUUUCUUCUGUAUCAGAUCACAUGAAACUUUCGCUAUUUAGCUUGCAUUGCGAGGUACGUCGUGACUGUCUGUCAACCUUGAUAGUUCCCUUCCCCCUCAGAACUUCAACAGCUGUUGUAUAUUUCAUUGGAACUUUUAGGCUUUAUUGAUUUCAUGCAGACCUCGUGAUCUAUAUAGGCUUUCUGGACAACAGCUUCCCAUGUGCAUAGCUAGUCUACAAUUAUGACGAGUAGCAGCUUGCACUUGAGCUACUCUGUGGUUGUUACAGUCAUGUAAAUAUUACAAGGUCCAACACAAGUGAGGAUCUUUGACCUAAGGUCCAAUUCAGGGUUUUUAGUGGGUACCCAUGAGGCAGUAUACCUGUGAGGCGAAGACUUAAUGAAGAAAGAAUUAUGAACUGAAACUCCAGAGAACCAGCUCUCAUGUAAGUGAAUCUUAAUGUUCACCCAGCAACUCCUUCCAGUUGAUGACAUGUAGUGAAUUAAUGACAGUAGUAAAAAGGAAUUGUUGUCUGUGUUUAAACAUUAUGAGAUACUGAUGCAAUUUGAUCGGGUGUGAGUUCUACAGAUAAUAACAGCCAGAGCUUCCCACUUCAUCGUAGUUAACAUAGAUUUUGUCAUUUUGUCCUCUCCAGCCAACCUUUGUUCCAGCUGCUUCCUUCAAUUUUAUGUAAUAAUUUAAUCAAUUAAUAAAUUGUAUCUUGUAUUUGACCAA